AUGGGCAUUUGCAGAGAUGCUAAAAACCAACCUAAACAACAAGUGAAGCUGGGAGGAACAAGAGCAGCUCUAUUUGUCUAUGCAACCGCGGGGCUUGAGAACAUGGCGUUUAUCUCCAAUGCCGUGAGCCUUGUAACUUACUUCUACGGCUACAUGAAUUUCAGCUUGGCAAAAUCGGCCACCACGCUAACCAACUUCAUGGGGACUGCUUUUCUGCUAUCGUUAUUUGGAGGAUUCAUCUGCGACACCUACUUGUCCAGAUUCAAGACUUGUGUUCUGUUUGGAUCCAUAGAAAUACUGGGAUACGCCCUCCUAACAGUACAAGCACACUUCCAUCAACUGAGACCCUUUCCCUGCAAGGAUGUUCCACCAAGCAAAAUGAAUCAAUGUGAGGCUGCAACCAGCGGCCAGACCGCAAUCCUUUUCACCAGUCUGUAUCUGGUUGCACUCGGGACUAGUGGGAUUAAGGCGGCUCUACCAUCCCUGGGAGCUGAUCAAUUCGACGAGAAGGACCCCAAGGAGGCAGCUUCGCUUUCAAGCUUCUUUAACUGGUUGUUGUUUUCUAUCACAAUCGGAGCUAUGCUUGGUGUGACAUUCCUAGUUUGGAUAAGUACCAACCAGGGAUGGGAUUGGAGCUUUGGUGUGUCCACCAUAGCUGUCCUGGCGGGUAUAUUGUUCCUCACCAUGGGGAGAUCAAUUUAUCGGAAUAAUAAGCCCAAGGGAAGCCCUAUUAUCCGCAUUAUACAGGUAUUUGUGGCUGCCAUCAGAAACCGAAAGCUUCCAAUACCAGCGAUGGCAGAAAAAUUGCAUGAGACACGUGAUAAAGAAGCUGGAAUAGGAGCUGAAAUUCUUCAAAGAACGGCUCAAUUCAAAUUUUUCGAUCGGGCAGCGAUUGUUGUUCAUGAUGCAUCCACGCCCAGUAUGCCUGGACCCUGGAGGAUGUGCACAGUGACACAAGUUGAAGAAACUAAAAUUAUAGUUCGCAUGCUCCCAAUUAUACUAAGCACUAUCCUCAUGAACACAUGUUUGGCUCAACUCCAAACUUUUACCAUCCAACAAAGCAGUACCAUGGACAGAAGCCUUCUUGGCUUUCAAGUGCCUGGAGCCUCAAUUCCAGUAAUCCCCCUAGCAUUCAUGUUUGUUUCAAUCCCAUUGUACGACAGAGUGUUCGUUCCGCUAGCCAGGAAGUUCACAGGGAUUCCAACUGGGAUUCGAUACCUCCAACGGAUUGGAGUGGGGUUGGUGCUCUCGGCCAUUUCUAUGGCAGUGGCUGGGAUCAUAGAAACCCGUCGGAAAAACGUGGCUGAAAAGCACAACAUGGUUGAUUCCGCGGAUCCUUUGCCAAUAAGUGUGUUCUGGCUAGGGUUUCAGUAUGCUAUAUUCGGAAUAGCUGACAUGUUUACAUUGGUGGGACUGCUAGAGUUCUUCUACUCAGAAAGCUCAUUAGGCAUGAAGUCCCUGAGCACAGCAAUCUCUUGGUGUUCAUUGGCAUUUGGGUACUUCACAAGCUCAGUUAUGGUGGAGGUGGUGAACAAGGCCAGUGGUGGGUGGUUGGCAAAUAAUAAUCUGAACAGAGAUGAGCUGAACUACUUCUACUGGUUAUUGUCAGGGUUGAGCAUAGUCAAUUUUGGGUUUUAUUUGGUAUGUUCAUCUUGGUAUAGAUACAAGAAGGAAGAGCAGGUAGAUUCUAAUAGCGGCGGUGAAGCUAAGAUAAAAAUUGAAAUGGGUAGCGGUUAG